CCGUCCAAAGCGCCGGUUCAGACCUCAGCACCAUUUCUUUCCCCAGUCUCCUUCCCCUCUGCCGACUUCUCGCCAUGUACCGAGUUUGAGAGGCCCAACAGUCGAGCAUGGAUAUCGGGGGCCUGACCACCGUGGUGGCCAAUUCGGCUUACAUCAACGCCCGCGGCAGCAUCGACGGCUCCAACCCGGCGGCGGCUCGGGACAAGAAAUACCAUGCCCGUCUCAAGUUGCCUCACAUCACGGUUUGCGAAGGUCUGAGGGACACGCUGGACUUGGCCUUUGACGGCGUCUGCGUGGAGCAACCGAUUGGCAAACGCCUCUUUAGGGAGUUCCUGGACACCAACCAAGAAUAUCAUGGUGCUUGUCGACUGUGGAGGGACAUCGAGGAGUAUGACUUGGCAGAGGAUUCGGAUCGAGCCAAGAAGGCCUCCAAGAUUGUCCAGCGCUACAUGGACACCUCAGCCAAACACUUCUGCCCAUUCCUCUCUGAGGACACCAUAAGCAAGGUGAAGAAGAACCAGGAAACUGUUGCCGACGACUUGUUCGCAGAGGCUCUGGCCAUGACUCUGGACUAUUUACGAGAAGCUCCCUACGUGUUCUUCAUGGAGAGCAUGUACUUGAAAAGGUUCCUUCAGUGGAAGUGGCUGGAGAUGCAGCCCAUGGACGCCGACUGGUUCCUGGACUUCCGCGUGCUGGGCAAAGGUGGCUUCGGCGAGGUGUCGGCGUGUCAGAUGAAAGCCACGGGGAAACUUUACGCCUGUAAGAAACUCAACAAGAAGCGCCUGAAGAAGCGGAAAGGCUAUGAAGGGGCCAUGGUAGAGAAAAGGAUUCUGGCGAAGGUCCACAGUCGCUUCAUUGUGUCGCUGGCGUACGCGUUCCAGACAAAGGAGGAGCUGUGUCUGGUUAUGACUAUCAUGAAUGGAGGAGAUCUCAAGUAUCACAUCUAUCUGGUGGACGAGAACAAUCCGGGCUUCGCCGAACCAAGAGCCUGUUUUUAUAUCGCUCAGAUCAUUCAAGGCAUGGAGCAUCUGCACCAAAAAAGGAUCAUCUACAGAGAUCUGAAACCUGAAAACGUGCUUCUUGAUAAUGAUGGAAAUGUUCGAAUAUCCGACCUGGGUCUCGCCGUGGAGUUGAAAGAAGGCAAAACUAUGACUAAAGGCUACGCCGGAACACCAGGCUACAUGGCGCCAGAGAUGCUGAAAGGUGAAAAAUACGACACUUCUGUUGAUUAUUUCACCUUGGGUGUGACCUUGUUUGAGUUCCUCGCCGCCAAGAACCCCUUCAGGAACAGGGGAGAAAAGCUUGAACGUGAAGAGAUGAAAGAGCGCAUGCUGACUCGGGAGGUGAUUUACACAGACAACUUCAGCGAAAACGCCAAGUCCUUGUGUAGCGGGCUGCUGGCGAAGGAAGUAGACAAGAGGAUGGGUUUUAAAAAUGACUGCUGCGAUGAAAUCCGAGCACACCCCUUUUUCAGUGACAUCAACUGGAGGAAGCUCAAUGCAGGUAUCCUGCCACCCCCUUUCAUUCCCGACCCCAGAGUGGUGUACGCCAAAAGCCUGGACGACGUGGGCGCCUUCUCCUCGGUCAAGGGCGUCGCACUGGAAGACCCCGACAAGAGCUUUUUCGACGAAUUCGCCACAGGCAACGUCUCUAUCCCCUGGCAGGAGGAGAUGAUUGACAUGGGCGUUUACGGCGAGCUCAACAUGUGGGGCCCCGAGGGCGGCGUGCCCGACGACCUGCGCCGCGAGUCCAUUCUCGAGCGGCCCAAGUCAUCCACGUGCUGCGUGUCUUAAUGCGUUCAAUUCAUUUUAAAUGGGAGGGGUGAGAAAUUUCUGAGGUGGGAGUUUAUUCAAAAAUCUGUCAGAAUUAUCGACCAAAAUAAUUGAAAAAUAUACACACAUUGGAAAUUCAUAGUGAAAAUUCAUGUUUUAGUGAAUGAUCGCUGCCAAAUGGAUUGAACGUCCAUCGCCGUCAAUAGCAUUCACUUCCCAGUUCAAGUUAAAAAUGGUAACUCAUCUGUUUUUGUCGUCCGCUAAUACACAGUUUUUUAGUAAUAUUGUUUAAUUUCUUAGUUAUGGAUAUAUUGCAUUUGAUAAAAUGUGGAUGAUGGACAAUUAAAAGACAAGGGUGCUGAGUAAAACACUAAGUUGAACUCAUUCACAGAGUAUGUGUUGUGAUAGUUAGUAAAUGAAGGGAAUUGAUAUUGGAAACAAGUAUUGACGGCAAUAGAUGUCCCAUCCAUUCCAACUGGGAGUCCUUCCAGUUAAAAUGUAUUGGACGUGUAUUGAUGUCAAUGUUAUGUACAUGUAGUAAAAAUGUCUCGGGCGGGUUAGAAAUGUAUAUAAAAUUGUGUUAAAUAAAACUAGGAAUUUAUGUGUGGAUUUGUUU